AUGAAUUUAUGGUGGGCUCUCACCUUGGCGUCCGCCGUGUGCGUUCACGCCAGCUCAUGGCGCGCCUACUACGGUCUAUCUACCGAGGCCUACCAGGCAAAGUUCGACGAAAUGGUCGAUCAAGGUUACCGACUCAACUCUAUCGACGGAUAUGAAAAGAACAACGAGCCUGCCUUUGCCGUGAUUUUUGAGAAAAGACCCACCACCGCCUGGAGGUCGCAUUCAGGCAUGACCUCUGAGCAAUACCACCAAAAGUUCACGAAUUACCUCGAUCAGGGGUACCAUGUCGUUCAGGUCAAUGGGUAUAACGUGAAGGGGAAAGAUUACUACGCUGCAAUCUGGGACAAGUCUCCCGUUGGACCCUGGGCCUCGAGACAUGGCAUGUCUACCGAGUGGAUGCAAGCAUACUUCGAUGAGUACGUCGAAGCAGGAUAUAGAAUGACGCAUGUGAGCGGAUACGAGGCAGAGCACGAGGCUCGAUAUGCUGCGGUAUGGGAGCAGGGAGGCGGCAAGACAGAGUGGGUGUCGAGGGGAAACCUGACAGCGUCGGAAUAUCAGUCUACCUGGGACGAGUACGUGCAGAAUGGGUACAGGCUGGUUCAUAUCUCUGGCUAUCAGGUCGAUGGAGAAGUAUAUUACUCGGCCAUUUUCGACAAGUAUGCCUCGGGUCCGUGGGUAGCUCGCCACGCACUGGAUUCACCGACCUUCCAAUCAGAGUUCGACAAGUACAAGAACCAGGGCUACGUCCUGCGGACCUUCACUGCCUACAAUGAUGGAAAUGAGCCUCGCUUUGCCGGAAUCUGGGUGAAGCCGACCUAG